AUGGCUGAAGUUGGAUUUCAUUUCAUUUGAGUAACUGAGAAAUAGUGAGCCUUUAAUUUUACGUUUUUGCCCUUGCUUGUUCUCUUUAUUUACGUUUAUACCCUUCUCCGGUUAUAUGAUAGCUGCCGGUCACCGGGAACCUGAGAGCCACCGCUCUUCUCCUGCUCUUGGAUUCCCUCGCUUCUUAUUUUUCCGUUACCGCCGCCUUAGGUAACCGGUGAGCCAAAGAUAUAUAUAUAUACAUAUUUUGUAUUAAAAUGCCAAGCCCUAAGAGUAAUCGGAGAGUGAACGAGGAGAAGAAUCGGAGAGGAAAACUGACGGAGAAAGCGUCGUCGUUUCACGGAAAAAGCUUCACUACUGAUCAGGCGACGGCGACUUCUCAACUCCGGCGUCCGAAAACUCUACCGGACUUACUUCCGAGUCGAAGUUUACUCACAACAUCUCUAUCUUCAUCUUCUUCGAUGAUCAUCGAAGGAAGACCGAUUAAUAAUAAACUGACGAAGAUUCUUCUCAACGUUACGAUUCAAGGUAGCGUAGGAGCGGUUCAGGUGUUGAUAUCGCUGGAAGCGACGGUUGGAGAUCUGAUUGCGGCGGCUUUGAGUCAGUACGCUAAGGAAGGUCGCCGUCCGAUUUUGGUCGCCACCGAUCCGUCGAGAUUCAACCUCCAUUACUCUCAGUUCAGCUUAGAAUGUCUAGAUAGAGAGGAGCAAGUGAAUGGAUUAGGAUCAAGAAACUUUUUUAUGUGUCCAAGUAAAACGACGUCGUCUUCUUCAUCAUCAUCAUGUGCUAAUGAAGCUGAGAAAGCAUCAAAGAAUGGCUUCAGUUGGCUAAAAUUCAUGGAAUUCAAGUUUUAAUUAAAUUAUCUUAUUGAUUUAUUUGUUUAAAAAAUAAUUAAAUAGUCAAUGAUUUUGAAUUAUUUGUACAAAUAUAUAUAUAUAGAUUCAAAAAAAAAAAAAUAAAAUUGAAAAACCAAAAUUAUUUCACUAAGAAAAUAAGUAGUAUUGGAUUUUUUUUUUCAGUAAAAUAAUUAUUGGAAUUGAAUUAUUUGGGUUUGGGGACCCUUAUUAGGAGUGUAGUGGUUGUUUCAAUAUCAAUUUCAUAUGAAUGUUUGUACAGUUUGAAAUUUGGCCACUUGUGUUUGAAUUGUAUUUAUUUGUAGUGAAUUUGAUGAGAAUAAUUAGAUAAUGGAAGCUUCAUUUGUCAAAUAUCACCAUAAUUAUUGGAAUGAAAUGAUUUAUUUUUAAUAGUCCCAAA